AGACCACCGUGAGCAAUGGGGACAACAAAGGAGAUGAGGUCAGAAGUCUUGUUAGGCCUGGAUGUUAUUCAUGGGAGUUCGGAUUUUAUUCUAGGUGGGGUGAGCAGUCAUGGGAAGACUGCUCAGCAGGGGCAUGCAAUGAUCUGAUUUCAGCUUUAGUCUACUCCAGGCCCUGCAUAAAGAAUGGAACGCAGGAGUGAGGUGGGUUACGUUUUCCAAGACGGCAGCAAUAGUAUCUCCCAUUCCACAUCCUCUUGCACAAGGUCACCUUGACACACCACCCGCUGAGAGAGGUGGGGUCUGUGUCCCUCCCCUUGAAUCUAGCACCAGAAGUGACAGGGCAUGACACCCGAGGCUGGGUCAGGGAAGGCAACACACUUCUGCCUUGUUCACUAAGGAGCCCUGGGAGGCUGUGUAAGGAGCCCAGCACCCUGACUUCUGCCCUGCUGGGAGGAAGCCCAAGCUGCACCCAGAGGCCGUACAGGGGCUCUUGUCCACAGCCCCUGCGAAACCCAGCCCACAGCUGGCAUCAACCACAAGACCUGCAAGUGGACACGCCUCCAGAUGAUUCCAGCCCCCCAUUUGUUGAGUCACCCCUAAACCUCAGUCUUUCCAACUGAGUAGAAACAAUGUCAGCUCUGCCCUGCCCAAAUUCCUGACUCAGAGCGUCUGUGAGCACCAUAAAAUGGUUGUUUUACACCACUAAGGUUUGGAAUGGUUUCUUAAACCACCAUCCCUAAGGGGGAAGGGGUCGGGGGCUCAUGGAACAGAGUGAUGCCCGCGCCUGCACCAGGCCGGAGAGGACGCGGGAAAGAGAGAGCGUAGGUGCAGGAUGCGUUUUGGAGUUAAACCCAAGAGAACUUGCUGUAUGCAGAUCACCAAGGGAGGGUGGAUAAGAGGGAAGCCAGGGCCCGGCGAGCGCCACGAUGUUCAGAGCUGGAGCCCCCUCCCCUCCCCUCCCCUCCCGGCCCGGGCGACUACAUCUCCCGGCAUCACUCGCUCAGGCCGCGGGAAGGGGAAAAAAAAAAGUUUGGGCCAAGUAUUCCCGGAAUGCUCUUCCUGCUGGCGCGGGGCGGGGGGCUGGCGCGGAGGCCCGGGCGGGGCGGGGAGGGCGGGGGCGGCGCGGCCGGAGCCCGGGGCGCGCACUCGCCCGGCCCGGGCCCCAGCAUGGCCGAGCCGCUGCUCAGGAAGACCUUCUCCCGCCUGCGGGGCCGGGAGAAACUUCCCCGGAAAAAGUCGGACGCGAAGGAGCGCGGCCGCCCAGCCCAGCACCCGGAGCCCAGCCCUCCAGAGUCAGAGCCCCAGGCUGCUGAAGGGCCCCAGGCGGGAGCAGAGGGGCCCCCCAGCCCUGAGGCACCUCGCAGCCCCGCGCGGGGAGCCUACCUGCAGAGCCUGGAGCCCAGCAGCCGCCGAUGGGUGCUGGGCGGGGCCAAGCCACCAGAGGACGCUGCUUUGGGGCCCGGGGCACCUGGCAGCGGGGAGCCCGCCGGAGAGAUCUGGUACAACCCUAUCCCUGAGGAAGAUCCCAGAGCCCCGGCACCGGAGCCCCUGGGGCCACAGCCAGGCUCGGCUGAGCCAGAGGGCCUGGCCUCCCAAGGCGCAGCCCCCGCCAGCCCCCCCACCAAAGCCUCGCGCACGAAGUCCCCGGGCCCGGCCCGGCGCCUCUCCAUGAAGAUGAAGAAGCUGCCGGAGCUGCGGCGCCGCCUGAGCCUGCGGGGCAGCCGGGCCGGCCGGGAGCGCGAGAGGGCCGCCCCCGCGGGCUCCGUCAUCAGCCGCUACCACCUGGACAGCAGCGUGGGGACCCCCGGGCGCGCGGCGGUGGCCGGGGGCCUGCGGGGCCCACGGGCUGGUUACCUCAGUGAUGGCGACUCACCGGAGCGCCCAGUGGGGCCCCCGUCGCCCACUGCCUUCCGUCCCUAUGAGGUGGGCCCCUUGGCCCGGGGGCCCCCGGCCGCGCUCUGGGGCCGCCUCAGCCUGCACCUGUACGGGCUGGGGGGGCUGCGGCCGGCGCCCGGGGCCACCCCGAGAGACCUCUGCUGCCUGCUGCAGGUGGAUGGGGUGGCCCGGGCCCGAACAGGGCCCCUGCGCGCGGGGCCGGACUUCCUGCGGCUGGACCACACCUUCCACCUGGAACUCGAGGCUGCCCGGCUGCUGCGGGCCCUGGUGCUGGCGUGGGACCCCGGCGUACGGCGGCACCGGCCCUGCGCCCAGGGCACUGUGCUGCUGCCCACGGUCUUCCGAGGAUGCCAAGCCCAGCAGCUGGCUGUGCGCCUGGAGCCCCAGGGGCUGCUGUAUGCCAAGCUGACCCUGUCAGAGCAGCAGGAAGCACCGGGCACAGCUGAGCCUCGUGUCUUCGGGCUGCCCCUGCCGCUGCUGGUGGAGCGGGAGCAGCCCCCAGGCCAAGUGCCCCUCAUCAUCCAGAAGUGUGUUGGGCAGAUUGAACGCCGAGGACUGCGGGUAGUGGGGCUGUACCGUCUGUGCGGCUCGGCAGCCAUGAAGAAAGAAUUGCGGGAUGCCUUUGAGCGGGACAGUGCAGCUGUCUGCCUCUCUGAGGACCUGUACCCCGAUAUCAAUGUUAUCACUGGCAUCCUCAAGGAUUAUCUUCGGGAGCUGCCCACCCCACUCAUCACCCAGCCCCUCUAUCAGGUGGUGCUGGAGGCCAUGGCCCAGGGGCCUCCAAGCAGGACUCCCCCCAGCACUGAGGGCACCCGUGGGCUCCUCAGCUGCCUGCCAGAUGUGGAAAGGGCCACGCUGACGCUUCUCCUGGACCACCUGCGCCUUGUCUCCUCCUUCCACGCCCACAACCGCAUGACCCCGCAGAACCUGGCCGUGUGCUUCGGUCCCGUGCUGCUGCCGGCUCGCCAGGCACCCGCCAGGCCCCGCAUCCGCAGCUCCGGCCCGGGCCUCACCAACGCGGUGGACUUCAAGCGCCACAUCGAGGUGCUGCACUACCUGCUGCAGGCCUGGCCAGAUCCCCGCAGGACCCCAGACGCUCCGGACCUCGCCCCGUACCUGCGGCCCAAACGCCAGCCGCCGCUGAACUUGCCCUUGGCGGGCCCCGAAGUAGUGACUCGGCCCCGCGGCCGAGGCGGCCCCGAGAGCCCUCCGAGCAACCGCUACGCCGGCGACUGGAGCGUUUGCGGGCGGGACUUCCUGCCCUGUGGGCGGGACUUCCUGUCCGGGCCGGACUACGACCAGGUGACGGGGAGCGACAGCGAGGAGGAGGACGAGGAGGCCGGCGAGCGGGCGGGCCCCGCCGACUUCGAGGACGACUUUGAGGCGCCUUUCAACGCGCACCUGAACCUCAAAGACUUUGACGCACUCAUCCUGGACCUGGAGCGAGAGCUCUCCAAGCAGAUCAACGUGUGCCUCUGAGCGGGCGGUCGGGCGCCCCGACAACGGCGGGGAGCGCACCUGCUGCUCGGGGCCGGGCUCUGGCUGCCGGCGUUGCCUAGCGACCAACCAGCCCCCGGCUGAGCAUCACUCCUCUCUCCAGCGCUCAGUACUUGGACGCUGGUUGCGGAGGCCGGAGACUGGGGAUUUCCGGGACCAGCUGUUGUGGCCGUCUUUUCUGAGUACCAAGGGCUUCUCCCCCGGACUGCCACAAGGCAGUUCUCCCGCUUGCUGGGCUGGCCUCUUGCCUCCCCUUGGCCGGGGAAACACCAGUUACUGUGAGCAUCACCCUGGGAUGGUAAGACACCCCCCCAGUCAGUCCUCUUGCUGCUGCCAACCAAAUCAGUAUUAGCUUUGAGCAUUGCACUCUGCUUCUCCCUGCCUCUAAGAGCCCAAGGACUAUCAGGAGGUGCCAUUUGGGGCAGAGUUGGGGGAAGCCCCUGUCCUGGGCUCCAGCUGGACAAGGGCAGCCUGGGGUUAUAGAAAAACAGGUGGUUCCCCCACCCUCUUUUCCAGGGAAAACCCCAUGAUUGCCUCAAACCAGCAAAUGGAGAUAGCAGAGUCUGGCCCUUCCCCUCCCCUAUUCUUGCUCCCCAUUUCUGAAGAAAUUGAGCACUUAUAAGACCUCCCUUUUGGAGGGGCCCCACUUGAAGUGUCAGGCUGGGGGCAUUUUGGUACGGAACAUAUUUAUUUCCUCCGUGCGUGUGUGUCUGUGUGAGGAUUAGUAUGCAUGGACAUGUCUGGAGCAGGUGUAUGGGGCUCUUUCAGGGACCACAGAGGUGGGCAAAAAGUUCAGUGUCCAGGCACCCUGAAAUCCCCAGUAAUGGUGCCUCAGUUGUGGCCACUCAGAGUUCCAUUGGGAGAGUAGGGUCCCCUCCUGUCUCCCCUCUUUCCCUCACUUCCAUCUUGUGGACAAUAAAUCAAUAUGCACAGGU